AUGAUUAUUCGAUGCAUACGUUAUGCUUCUUCUUCUUCUUCGAUAACAAAAAAGAUAGAAAAGCCUGUAGACGAUUACACAUAUUGUAUAAAUAGUGUACGUAAAGCUGAUUAUGAAAAUUUUUUAUGUACAGGAUUAUUACGUCCAUCAUUAAUUCAACGUCCAGCAAUGGCUAUACGAGCAUUAAAUGUUGAACUUGCAUUAAUACGUGAUCAAGUAUCAAAUACUCAAAUUGGACAAAUGAGACUUCAAUUUUGGCGUGAAACAAUCGAUUCAAUUUAUUCAUCAUUAAAUGAAAAUACAAAUAGAAAAAUUAAUCAUCCCGUUGCACGUGAAAUUAAUUUAAGUAUUAAAUACAAUCAAUUAUCAAAAUUAUGGUUUCAUAGAUUAAUUAAAAGUCGAGAAAUAACAUUAAAUGAUAUGCCAUUUUCAGAUAUUGAACAAUUAGAGAAUUAUCUUGAACAAUCAAUUACACCUACAUAUUAUCUUUUACUUGAAUUAGCUAAACAACGAACAUUAAAUGCUGAUCAUAUUGCUUCACAUUUAGGUCGUUCUCAAGGUCUAAUUAAUAUUGUCCGUGGCAUCCCAUAUAAUGCUCAUAAACGUCGUUGUCUUAUUCCUCUUUCCUAUCUUAAUGAACACAAAGUAUCUCAACAAGAUAUAAUUAAUGGUCAAUUUUCUAAUGAACAAUUUCGUCAAGUUAUAUAUCAAUUAUGUAAUCGAUCUUGUUUUCAUUUACAGAAAACAAUUGAAUUAUUUGAACAAGAUAAAAUUUUUCAAAAACAAUCUUUAUUUUCUUCAUCAACAAAUUCUACACGUAGUUUAUUUUUACCAAUUAUUGUUAUAUAUGAUUAUUUAAAACGUAUAAAAAAUAUUGAUUUUGAUCUAACAAAUAAACAUAUUAAUGAAAGAAAUCCAUGGCUUAUUUGGAAUUUAUAUAAGUACAAAAUGUUUGGUAGUACUGCAGCGGCAGCAACUCAAAAAGAUGUUGAAGUUGCUCAACCACCAGAUGAUGCUAUAUCAUGUAUGAAAUUUUCUCCAGCAUCAGUUCCACAAACAUAUUUAAUUGCAAGUUCAUGGGCAAAUGAUAUUCGAUGUUGGGAAAUACAAGCUAACGGACAGUCUGUUGCUAAAGCAAUGCAAAAACAUGAUGCACCUAUAUUAAGUUGUUGUUGGUCAGAAGAUGGCUCAAAAGUAUUUACAGCUGGUUGUGAUAAAACAGCUAAAAUGUGGGAUUUACAAGCAAAUACAUUUGUUCAAAUAGCAGCACAUGAUCAACCAAUACGAACUAUUCAUUAUAUUCAACGACCAACUUAUUCAUGUGUUAUGACUGGUGGCUGGGAUCGAACUGUUAAAUUUUGGGAUAUGCGUCAAGCUCAACCAUUAAAACAAUUAGCGCUUAAUGAACGUGUCUAUGCAGCUGAUGUUUUAGGUCCAAUGGCUGUUAUAACAACAGCCGAUCGUGCUUUACAAGUCUAUUCACUUGAUCAAGGACCAACUGAAUAUAAAAAAAUGGAAUCAUUACUUAAAUAUCAACAUCGAUGUAUAUCAAUUUUUACUGAUAAAUCUCGAAAUCCAAAUGGAUUUGCUGUUGGUUCAAUUGAAGGUCGUGUUGCUAUUAUGUAUGUUGAUACAGCAAAUCCAAGUGCUGAUAAUUUUACAUUUAAAUGUCAUCGUUCAACACCAGCAGCACCAGCUAAUACACAAGAUAUAUUUUCUGUUAAUGAUAUUGCUUUUCAUCCUGUACACGGUACAUUAGCUACAGUUGGUAGUGAUGGUCGAUAUAGCUUUUGGGAUAAAGAUGAACGUACAAAAUUAAAAACAAGUGAUGUUAUUAAUGAUCAACCAGUUGCAUGUUGUUCAUUUGAUGCUCGUGGACAAUUAUUUGCUUAUGCAAGCUCAUAUGAUUGGCAUAAAGGACAUGAAGGAAAUAGUCAAACGAAAAAGAACACAAUCUUUUUACGACAAUGUUUCGAAGAAAUGAAGCCAAAACCAAAAAGAUAA